AUGGCCAGAGUCCCCAUGAUGAUAGAUUCGGGAGCAUCCGUCAACCAAGUCGACUCCAAGACGUUCAACGUUAUUCGCCGAGCCCAACCUGGUAUAGACCCGUUGCUUCCAGCUGACACACAGGUAUUCCCCUAUGGUAGCAAGACGCCCAUACUGCUGAAAGGAAUGUUCCGAGCCACAGCACGUCACAAGUCCGAAACCAAAUGGUCGAAGUUCUACGUGACUGAAGGAGGAGGGAAUUUACUUGGUUUCAAGACCGCGUCGGAUUUAGGAAUCUUGAAGAUCGUACAUGAGGUUAAAUCGAAAACGAGGCCCAAUCCGUCCAGCUCCAAGACCCUUCCUGACUCGCUGAAGAAGUAUGAAGAACUCUUCUCCGGUGUAGGCAAGAUCAAACGUAAACCUGUGACACUUCACAUUGAUAAAGACGUCAAGCCGAAGCAGCAACCUCACCAUCGCAUACCUUUCCAUAUCCGCAAAGAUGUAGAGAAAGAGCUACAGCGUCUAGAGGAACUUGACAUUAUAGAGAAAGUCGAUGGUCCGACACCGUGGAUAAGUCGCAUAGUUACAGUCCCCAAGAAAUCAGGAGCAAUUCGCAUUUGUGUUGACAUGCGCGAGGCAAAUAAAGCGAUAAAACGUGAAAGACAUCUUAUGCCGACUCUUGAUGAUCUAGUAACGGAUUUGAACGGAUCCACUGUGUUCAGUACCCUAGAUUUGAGUAGCGCGUAUCAUCGACUAGAACUUGCAAAGGAAUCACGUUUUAUCACCACGUUCACCACCCAUCUUGGUCUUAGACGCUACAAACGUCUUUUCUUUGGGAUAAACGCCGCGUCGGAAAUCUUUCAGAACGCAAUCGCCGAAAUUCUGAGUGACAUACCGAACUGUCGAAAUAUCUCUGACGAUAUCAUUAUCCAUGGCAAAGAUAAAGCUGAACACGACAAGAGUUUGAUAGCCGUGAUGGAGAGACUGAAAGAAUACGGAAUUCGUCUCAACAUGCCCAAGUGUCACUUCUAUCAGUCAGAAGUGAAGUUCUACGGUCAUAUCUUCAAUAGCGCUGGUGUUACCGCAGAUGUGAAGAAGAUCGAAGCCAUAAGAGAUGCGCCUGCCCCGACGGACAAGAGUGGAAUACGUUCGUUACUCGGAAUGGCCCAAUACCUCUCGCGCUUCAUUCCAUGGUAUGCUAGCAUAACAGCGCCCCUUAGAGAGUUAACGCAUGAUAAGACAGAAUGGCAGUGGAACGCGGAACAUGAAAAAGCGCUAACAGACUUGAAGACUGCGCUCACCGGAGCAAAGGUCAUGUCGUACUAUGACCCGCGUAAGAAAACUGAACUCAUCGUUGACGCAGGGCCCCGCGGAUUAGGCUCGAUUCUGAUGCAAGAAGGUCGCGUUGUUUCGUACGCUAGUUGCGCGCUCACCGACGUUGAGACGAGAUACUCGCAGACAGAAAGAGAAAUGCUCGCAGUGGUCUGGGCAACAGAACACUUCCGCCUAUACUUAUACGGUUCGACUUCCCCUUUCACCGUGGUCACAGAUCAUAAACCGUUGAUCGGAAUAUUCCAAAGCCAGAAGCCGAUGUCGUUACGGAUUGAACGAUGGAGAUUACGUCUAACGCCGUAUAACUACAAGUUGGAAUAUCGACCUGGAAGGAACGAAGCCAACCCAGCCGACUUUUGCAGUCGCCAUCCUGUAGUAGGCAAUGAGCAGAACAGAGCAAACUUUGUCGAUGAUUACGUCAACUAUGUCAUUGACAAUGCGGUUCCAAAAGCCAUGCAACUCGAAGAAGUAAAAUCAGAAACCUUACGAGACCAUACCCUGCAGAAGCUUAAAGUAGCUAUCGAAACUGGCUACUGGAGACGAGAUGAAGAGUGCCUGAAGCCAUUCAAACGUUUCCAAGAUGAGCUGAUCGUUCAUAAUGGUAUCGUCCUCCGAGGGAGAAGACUGGUAAUGCCUGACCCACUGCAGAGAAGAGCCAUUGACCUUGCUCACGUUGGUCAUCAGGGCAUCGUCAAAACGAAGAUGUUGCUGAGAGAAAAAGUAUGGUUUCCGUCCAUCGACGCCAUGGUUGAAGAAUGUGUCAAGGACUGUCUGCCUUGCCAAGCUAUGUCCGGAAGAGCCAGCAAACAAGAGCCGCUACGCAUGACAAAGCUGCCGAAUGGUCCCUGGGAAGAAGUCUCUGUGGAUUUUUACGGUCCUUUGCCAGUCCCAAGCGCUGACUACCUACUCGUGAUGAUGGAUGACUACAGUCGUUACCCCGAGGUUGAAGUUAUAGCUUCUACCGCCGCAAAGACAGUCAUACCAAAGAUAGACGCCAUUAUGUCACGCCACGGAGUUGUGUCGAUUUUGAAAUCCGACAACGGACCUCCGUUCACGAGCCAUGAUUUCAAACGUUUCGCUGAAUACCUCGGUUUUCAACACCGCAGAGUGACUCCGUUAUAUCCCCAAGCUAACGGUGAAGCAGAACGUUUUUAUGAGAAACAUCACGAAGACUGUGCAAGCCGCACACAUCGAAGGCCGCAAUUGGAAGCAGGAACUACAGAAGUUUCUACGCCAGUAUCGUGCGACACCACAUUCAACAACAGGUGUCUCGCCAUUCGAAGCCCUCUAUGGUCGUAG